AUGUCUCAAUCGACAAUGGCAUCUGCCCCAGCGAUUCAGCUCUUAUUACUGAAGGGCUUGGAUUCUACUGAUGCAGGUUCUGGUUCUGGAUCCGGUCUUCCACUAUUGACUCAACGAAAUAUCGCGAGACAAAUUGAACUUGUUCGAGAGAUUGGCCAAGGUCGUUUUGGUGAUGUUUGGUUGGGUGCUUGGAAAGGCGAUCUAGUAGCAGUGAAGAUCUUCUCAUCAAGGGAUGAAGGUUCAUGGUUACAUGAAGUGGAAACCUUUCAAACACAUAUGCUUCAUCAUCCGAAUAUUUUGCAGUUUUACGCGAGUGAUAACAAAGAUACGGGUACGACGAUGCAACUGUGGUUGAUUACGGAGUAUCACAGGAACGGGUCUCUUUUUGACUACCUUUCACAUUCGACAGUCAAUGUGGUCACACUGAUAAAAAUGGUUCGAGGAAUAUCUAACGGUCUGUCAUUUUUGCACGCAGAGCUUAUGGGAAUCCAAAGGAAACCAGCCAUCGCUCAUCGUGAUAUAAAGAGUAAAAAUAUCCUUGUUAAAUCUGACCUUACAUGUGCUAUAGCAGACUUUGGACUUGCAGUUCGUUAUGAAUCAGGACAAAUAAGUCUGCCUAACAGUAACAAGUGUGGCACUGUGCGUUAUUUGCCACCCGAAAUACUUGAUGAGCGGAUAGAGUCGAACAAAUUCGAGUUUUAUCGUGCAGCUGACAUGUAUGCUGUUGGAUUGUUGAUUUGGGAGAUUGCUCGCCGUCUUCCGUCCGAGUUCGCUGAAUCGUUGCCGUAUUAUGAUAAGGUAUCGAGAGAUCCUACAAUACAGGAAAUGCAAGAUGUUGUAGUCACACAAGGAAUACGACCUUAUGAGUCUCCUCAUUGGAAAAAUGACAAUGUACUUCGUGAUGUGUCACGUGUAAUGCGUGAAUGUUGGUCGGCGGAUCCAUCUUCAAGACUAACAGCUAUGAACGUCCGCCUUUGUAUGGAUCGAUUGGCGCAGACCGAACUCAGCGUAUGCUUAUCUUAA